ACCAAUUGUCACUUACACCUUUCCCACAAAUACCUGCACAUACACUUCGAAGAAUGCACACAUUCUGUAGUCGCUAUCCAGCAUUCAAAAAAUGCAGAGGAAGAGAAUGGGAAACUCUGCCACCGAUCACAACACUGGAAGACAUCAUUAUGGCGCGUUUUCCACCGAUACCAGUAAUGCCUCAAAUCGAUGUGCUCGUAGGUGUGCCUCAGAAUUUGAUUGAUGGAACUCCUAGCAUUGCUUUUCAGCGGCUUGAAGUACAAGACCGAACCAAACUUAUUCGAAAAUGUAUGAAUCAGCUGCAAUGUCUGAAGCAAGAAGAUAAAGCGACAAACAAACGCGAACAGAUCGCAAAAUUGGAAAUCGCUCUUGCAAACAAGUUAUCAAAGGCUUCUGUGGGCAAUGUAGAAGACGACAUUGAGCAGAAGUUAAUGCGAACGCAACAAGUCAAGAACUCACUUUUUCAGUUCGCUGGCAUCGCUGAGCAGGUUGUGCCCACAGACGAUGGAACUUUUCAAAAUGACAUAUUGUUAACAAUUCAGCAAUCAAACUAUUUCAUUAGUGCCUUAGGAGAUCUAAGAACUCGUAAAAAGCGCCAGUCACUUUUUUUGGAUAAGCUGCCGAACGAGAAAUGGGACACUAAAUCACCGAUCAAAUAUGCUUUUGAUUCUUCUUUAGAAAAAUUUGAAAGGGAACUUGUGAUUCAAGCGUUAAAUCAGAUAUCAUCUCAGACAUGCAUAAAGUUUGCUUUCUCAAAUGAACAACCAAAGGAACCACACUUAUUCUACGUCAAAGUUGCAGAAUCUGACACAUGUGGCAUCAGUUACAUUGGUCGCGUUGAAAAUGUCAAUCCUAUUUACUUAAGCUUCGCGUGUGAAGAGAAAGUUGGCAUUGCGAUUCAUGAAACGUUACAUGCGCUAGGUCUGGGACAUCAACAGUUACGUGUGGAUCGAGAUGAAUAUGUUGACGUGAUUUGGGAAAAUAUUAAUCCAAAGCUGUACGAUUAUUUCGCUCUAGCUGAUUCGAGAAAAUUUACAAGUUAUGGAGUGACCUAUGAUUACUACAGUAUUAUGCAUUACGGACCAUAUAUUGGAGGAAUCAAUUCAACUACACCAACUAUUGUACCAAAGUAUCAGAGCGAACGGUUUCUUAAAGUCAUGGGUCAACGAAAAUCUUUAAGUGACAAAGAUGUUGAAUUAUUAACUGCCAUGUAUUGUAGCGAAGAAUGCCGAGAUAAUAACGUGUACUGCGGGCUUUGGGCAUUAAAAAGAUUGUGUAACUUACCUAGUCAAUUUAUUUGGAUGAACAACAACUGCCGAAAAUCAUGCGGAUUAUGCUAAUA